AUAAAACCGGUGCUCUCGCCAGGAGCCGGCAGUACAUGAAAAACAAUCAAACGAGUUAUACGAGUGAAGUUUACGAAGCGAACGAAUACGAAACAACAAAAACAACAAACAUGCCAGCAAUUGGAAUAGAUUUGGGAACCACCUACUCCUGCGUGGGAGUGUGGCAGCAGGGAAAGGUGGAGAUCAUCGCCAACGACCAGGGCAACCGAACAACACCCAGCUAUGUUGCCUUCACGGACACGGAACGUCUGAUCGGCGAUGCCGCCAAAAACCAGGUGGCGAUGAACCCGGCCAACACCGUCUUCGAUGCCAAAAGGUUAAUUGGACGCAAGUUUGACGACCCCAAGAUCCAGAGCGACAUCAAACACUGGCCAUUCAAAGUCGUCAACGAAGCAGGCAAACCUAAGAUCCAGGUUGAGUUCCGCGGUGAGAUGAAGAGGUUCAAUCCAGAGGAGAUCAGUUCGAUGGUCCUGACGAAGAUGAAGGAAACAGCAGAGGCGUAUCUGGGAGGAAGUGUGCGAGACGCGGUCAUAACGGUGCCCGCCUAUUUCAACGACUCGCAGCGACAGGCGACCAAAGAUGCGGGCGCGAUCGCCGGAAUAAACGUCCUCAGGAUCAUCAACGAACCCACCGCCGCGGCUCUCGCCUACGGCCUCGACAAGAAUCUCAAGGGUGAGAAGAACGUCCUCAUCUUCGAUCUGGGCGGCGGAACCUUCGACGUGUCCAUCCUCUCCAUCGACGAAGGCUCGCUCUUUGAAGUCAAGUCCACUGCCGGGGACACGCACCUCGGCGGCGAAGACUUCGACUCGCGACUGGUGGACCAUCUCUGUCGGGAGUUUGAGCUCAAGUCCACUGCCGGGGACACGCACCUCGGCGGCGAAGACUUCGACUCGCGACUGGUGGACCAUCUCUGUCGGGAGUUUGAGCGCAAGUAUCGCAAGGACUUGAAAAAGAACCCGAGGAGUCUCCGUCGAUUGAGAACGGCGGCCGAACGGGCGAAACGAACACUAUCUUCGAGCACUGAAGCCACCAUUGAAAUUGAUGCUCUCUAUGAAGGCGUUGACUAUUACACCAAAGUCUCCAGGGCUCGCUUUGAGGAGUUGUGCGCGGAUCUGUUCCGAGCCACCCUGGAACCAGUGGAGAAGGCUUUAGCCGAUGCCAAGCUGGACAAGAGAGCCAUCGACGAAGUCGUCCUCGUUGGAGGUUCAACGCGGAUCCCCAAGGUCCAGAACAUGCUGCAGAACUUCUUCUGCGGCAAGCAGUUGAACUUGUCGAUCAACCCCGACGAGGCCGUCGCUUAUGGCGCGGCAGUACAAGCAGCCAUCCUUUCCGGCGAAGGCGCCACGAGUUCCGCUCUCCAGGAUGUUUUAUUGGUGGACGUGGCACCUCUCUCUCUGGGCAUCGAGACUGCUGGUGGAGUCAUGACCAACAUCAUCGAGCGCAAUGCACGCAUCCCAUGCAAGCAAUCGCAGACCUUCACCACCUACGCCGACAACCAACCUGGCGUCUCUAUUCAGGUGUUUGAGGGUGAGCGUGCAAUGACAAAGGACAACAACAAAUUGGGCAACUUCGAGCUGAGUGGAAUCGCGCCCGCGCCCCGAGGAGUGCCGAAGAUCGACGUGACUUUCGACAUGGACGCGAACGGCAUUCUCCACGUGACGGCCAAGGACACAGCCAGUGGUCGCAGCAACAACAUCCGCAUCACGAACGACAAGGGUCGCCUCUCGCGGGAGGAGAUCGACCGAAUGCUGGCUGAAGCCGAGCGCUAUCGCGACCAAGACCAACAGCAGCGCGAGAAGGUUGAGGCUCGCAACAAGAUCGAGAGCUACAUCUUCUCGGUGAAGCAGGCUGUCCAGGACUCUGGCGACAGACUCACCGACUCGGACAAACGGUCCGUGAUGGACCUCUGCGAAGCCACUGUCAGCUGGCUCGACAACAACACCCUCGCCGAGAAGGACGAGUAUGUCCACAAACUCGAGGAGGUCCAGAGGCAGUGUGCGCCCAUCAUGACCAAGAUCCAUCAAGGAGGCAAUGCUGCUGGUCCACAACAGGACUGCGGAAGUCAAUUCAGACAAGGAGGCCAACAACAACAGCAAGGCUAUUCGGGACCCACUGUGGAGGAGGUGGACUAAAUCUUCAAGUUUUCCAACAUCCAUUUUUAAAGAGAGAGCAACAACAUCGGUUCUUCUCUGUGUUCAUAGAAUCUUGAGAACAUCUAUUCUUUUUACGAACGCCACCUUAAGAACGACAACAUCUGUUCUUCAAAAAAAAAAAAA